GUCAGAGCAGGCGGAAGUGGUACUGCCCUGAAUACCCUGAGCAGCGAGCGGAGGACGGCUUGAUAAACUCCCAUCGUUUUCAGAGAAUAAAAUCGGGAUUCCUAGUACGCUCUAAAUCCUUAAGAUGGAUAAGAACGAUCUGGUGCAGAAAGCCAAGCUGGCAGAGCAGGCCGAGCGCUACGACGACAUGGCGGCUGCCAUGAAGGCUGUGACAGAGCAGGGCCUGGAGCUCAGCAACGAGGAGCGCAACCUGCUCUCUGUCGCCUAUAAGAACGUGGUGGGGGCUCGCCGUUCAUCCUGGCGCGUCAUCUCCAGCAUCGAGCAGAAGACAGAGGGGAACGAGAAGAAACAGCAGAUGGCUCGCGAUUAUCGUGUGAAGAUCGAGUCUGAACUCCAAGAAAUCUGCCACGACGUGCUGAAUCUGCUCGACAAAUUCCUCAUUCCCAAUGCAUCUCAGGCGGAGAGCAAGGUGUUCUACCUCAAAAUGAAAGGAGACUACUUCAGAUACCUGUCAGAGGUGGCUUCUGGGGACUCAAAGAAGGACACGGUGGACAACUCUCAGCAGGCCUACCAGCAGGCCUUCGACAUCAGCAAGAAGGACAUGCAGCCAACACACCCCAUCCGGCUGGGCCUGGCCCUCAACUUCUCCGUCUUCUACUACGAAAUCCUCAACUCGCCCGAGCAGGCCUGCUCUCUGGCCAAGCAGGCUUUCGAUGAGGCGAUCGCCGAGCUCGACACCUUGAACGAGGACUCUUACAAAGACAGCACGCUGAUCAUGCAGCUACUAAGGGACAACCUCACUCUGUGGACAUCAGAAAACCAGGGAGACGAGGGCGAAGCCGGCGAGGGAGAGAACUAGAGCGCACUUCACUGUUAACCCAUCCCCACUCUCUUCCUCCUCCUCUUCCUCCUUCUUCUCCUCGUCCUUCUUCUUCUAUCUCUUCUCUUCUUCUUCUUCUUCUUCUUCCUCUCUUCGUACACAUAAACAGCCCGUUCAUUCCCUUGUCCCACUUUUUUCAAGCCCAGCCUCCCGACCUCCCUUCUGUAUAACCAACAGCAUGAAUAGUACCCGACCUUCACAAACAAAUAUAAUAAAACAUUUUUUUAUUUUAAAAAGGAGGGGAAAAAAGAGAAACUACUCCAUCAUCACACUUCCCACCCCAACCCACACAAUCCCUCCCUUCCUCCCUCCCUUCCUCCCUUCCUCCCUUCCUCCCCUCCCUUGUUCAUGGCACUCCAAGUCCAGGCCAGCAAACUAAAAACCACUGGCCGGUCUAGUCUUACAGCACGCAGGGAGCAGCGGUUUUUAUCCAAAAAAAAAAACACCACAAAGUAAAUUAAUGUCUUUUUUUUUUUGGAGCCCACAUCCCUGUCUUUUUUUGUUUUUAACCCUCCUCCUUUAAAUCAUCCCUCCUGCAUCUGUUCCGUUCUUCCCUCCUUUUUUCCUAACAUUUCAGUACGUUCUCUCACCUUCCUCCCAGCCCCUUCCUCCUCCUUCCCCUCCUCCUCCUCCUCCUCCUCCUCCUCUCUCUAGCGAGUUAAUUGCAUUUAUAUAGUUGUCCUCCAUCCCUUCUCUUUUUGGCUUUUCUUAGUGUAUACUGGCAAAAAAAAAAAUGGCUGGUUUUAUUCCACUUUAAACAAAACGAAAAAAGGUUAUUAAACUGUCCGUUUAUUUUCAACAAACACUGUGAUGCUUAGUUUUUCCUCCACAUCGCCACCAGAAUUUCUCGAUUUCUCGUCUUUUUAUUUUUUAUUAUUAUUAACGGCAACAACGAUAUUCAGCUCGGGGAGAGGGGGGGUUUGUGGGUUUUAUUUUUUUGGGAGGGGGGGGUUAUUUUUUGUUUGGAAACAGCAGUGGGUGCAAUUCUGCUGAGGUUUAUACAGAAGGGUUCCUCCUUUACAAGGCUGUAUUGUGACACUGACAAAUAUUUAAAAAACAACAACAACAACAAAACACACAAACACACACACACAAAAGCAUUUCUACCUGCUGUGUAAUCAAACACUCACCUUUCUUUAUUUUAUUUUCUUCCUUUUUCUCUCUCUCUCUCUCUUUUAACACCGCAAAUCCAAAGGGACUCCCCCUCACCGUGGUUUAUUUUUUAAUAAACGACAUUUAAUUUAAAGUAUAUUUCCAAUUCGGUGUUUAACCUAUUAAAAUAUAUAUGUUUAAAAAAUAAAUAAAGAUAAAAUUGAGGAACAUAAAAAGCAUACAUUCCAUCUUUUUAAUGUUUUAAGAGGAUUUUUCGACCUUUUUCACAUCAAAACGGGACCUGCCUGCUUCCUCCUCCUCUUCUUUAUUAAGGUGCUGUUUAAACAUCAGUACUGCUGCCCCCCCCCCCCCUCGAUAUAAUCCUUCUUAAUCACAUGUUCAUCAUUUCCUCUCCUCCACCCUUCCCCCUUCUUUAAAUUUUAUUGUUUUUUUGGCUGUUGCUUUUCCUUUUCCUUGUUAUGUAUGUAUGUGUGAGUAUGAAUGUGUGUGUGUGUAUAACAAAUCAAACUAGCACCUUUUUUUCCUCCCCUCCCCCCUUCCUCCCUUUGCCACCCCUCUCUCGGUUUUUUUUGAAAACUGUAAAAUUGUAAAACAUUUUUAGAGCUUAACUGUAAAUCUGUCUUUUUUGGAGAAACACAAAAAAAAUAUAUAAAAUUGAACGGUUUUGUCGAUGUUUGUUCGUUUUAACACCUCGCUUGCAAAGAAGCCGUUACAGUCAGCUGCUGUGUAUGCUUUUACUUUUUCUUUUAACCAUAUUUUAUUUUGGUACUUUUUUCUUUCCCUCCUCCUCUUCCUCUUCCUCCUCCUCCCCUCUUCAUGCCACCCCUCACCUCCUCUUUUACUGCUUGUACUGACAAGUCUAGAAAAGUCCUAAAUUUUCUCACUCGCUGCUGAGAUGGUGCGACCUGCGAACAAGAAUGCAUGCCUUCAUUUAUCACCACGUAAAUCUACCGAAAAAAGCACCGAGCGGGUCGGUGGAGGGGGGAUCGUAAAGAAAAACACUCCGUGGAUUGACACUUGAACUUGAGCUGCUCUCUUUCGCUCUUUCUCAUUUUUACCGCCCGCCAACAUAAAAAGGCAGUGAGUCCCAGGUAUUGAUCUGAUGGUUCAGGAUCAAAGAAACUGCCUUAAAAAUGCCAAAGUUGAGAUUUGAAAGUUUCAUUUAUUCAUUAAUAAUUGGACUCAAGCUGAAAAAAAUGCAGAAAAAAGCAAAUAAAAUACAAUUUCAGUUCAAAUUUGUCUUUUUUUUUUUAAGAAUAAAAAAAAAAAUGAUUCAAAAGUUGAGACUGAAAGUUAUAUUAAUUCAUUAAUUGGACUGAAAAAUGCAGAAAAAAGCAAAUAAAUUGAUUUAAGCUCAAAUUCUUGUCAAUUUUCUUUGUUGAAUCAAACUUUUUGAGUUAAUGCAGAUCAUGUUUAUUUUUUUAAGGCUAAAAAAAUAAAGGCUGACUUGCCUAAAUGUGAAUCAGGAAGCAGUGAUAUAUAUUUUUAUUUUAAGUGUCACCCUCGGCGCUGUUUUGAAUCCAGGACAGGUACGUGCGUUGAAGGAGCCAAAAACAAAACAAAACAAACAAAACCAGAAGAACAAAAAUCUCCCAGCAGCCGAUCAGCCAAUCAUCUGUUUGUGGAAGUAGAGAAAAAAACAAAACCUGAUCACGGAUUUCGGAAAAACGAGAAGAGGCGAAUAUAAUAAUCCGGUUUAUCUUUCAGCUGCUUUUAUUUUUAUUUUAUAGAAAACAGAGAGAACACUGAAUCAAGCAGUAAAAACGGUACAUUUUCCAGCUCUUUUUAUUUGAAUCUGAUCUUUUUUUUUUUUAAUAAUAUAUGUGCAUUAAAUGACGAUAACACACCUGCAAGUAGCGCUAAUCCCAAACUAGACUAGUUUCUAUAUCUCAAGCUCGAGCCGGUCGAGCCCUCGUUUUUUCCCCUCCUCCAAAAAGUCGAAUAAAGUGGAUUUUUUUUCUUCUUCUUUUUAACGUCACCACUCAGUGUCACAAUAACCUUGUCAUUAACCAUCUCGACAUUCCACUCUGUAGGUGUAGAAAAGUCAUGUCUCAAUGUUUUUAUUUUUGUUUUUCUCUCUCUCUCUCUAUCAAUCUCUCUAUCUCUCUCUCUCAUAUCUCUCUCUCUUUUUGCUGGGGACAAAAAAAAAAUGUUUUCAUGCACUGAAGUUUAAAAGGAAAAAAAAAAGAAAAAAGAUUAUGAUUCCUCCCUGCCGCUCUUUUUCUCGUUAGUUGAACAAAAAAGAAAGAAAGAACAUUUUAAAAAAAGGCAGUUAUUCUACCGCUUUAUAAAGGAAAAAAAUGAUCCCAUGCAGUAGUGAAUGUGGCACCGAGCCUGUCUGUAUAUCUGGUAUCUCAAAUCAUUUUUUGUUUUUACUGACCAGUAUUCUGCUUAAAAAUAAAAAAAAGGAAAAAAAAAAACUACCCAAAAAAAAAAAAAAAAAACAACAAAAAGUUUUUGCUUCUGUGACGGUUUUAUUGCUUAGCGCGCACGUGGUUGUGAAAAUUUAGACUUUUAGCUUAAAGAAACACCAAUAAUAAAUAAAUAAGAAAAAUGAAGAAAAUGACAAAAAAAAGGAAAACCCCCCUUCAACACCUUUCCCCCCUUCCUCACCACCACCACCCUCUACACCCCCUGGUUAUUGACGUAAUACUAGAUUUGUGUAUGUCUUUUAAAAAAAAAAACAACAAAAAAAAACUCUAGUUUCACCUUACAUGUUAUAAACAGGACAAAAAAUGUAAAAGACAAUUUAAAGUGAAAUAAAGGUUUUAUCAGUU